AUGACGCAGCCAGUCUACUUUGCUGAUGCUGAAGCUGAAUAUGCAGCGGGUGCGCGACUCCGCUUGAACACUGCCGAAUGGACUAUCUUAUCCCAUAUUAACGAGCACGGCGCCCCCAUGGAACCUGAGGACGCAGCUAACUUCGAUGCUCGUCCAUAUGCUUGCGCUCGCUUCCUAGUAAAAAGGCAUCACCGUGACGAUACUCAGCCUACUCAGCAGGCUUUGAUGCGGGUCUAUAAACAAAUCUUCAUUGUGGGAACAGAGUCGCAGAGCGCUGGGGAACGUGCUCGGCAGGCCAGACAGCAUAUCCCCCUAGAAGAACAGCAAGGAAAUGCGGACCGUGUUCCGGGUGGCUAUAUUCACACCAUUGUCUGGAACAUCGUUCCAGGAAUCCGCCUUGGAGACGCCUGCAGUGCAAAAGUGUUCUGGAGCCUUGCCCGUGCAGAGCAAGACCUCAUUCGCGAUGCCUUUCAGCGUACCCUCCCGGCUCUCCGUUCUACUGGGUAUGAACCCGCGACAGGGACGGCUGAAAACCUCGUUUGGGAUGCAUCUGCACGCAAACUGUUUGUGAACCCCUUACUCCCCGGCUUCUGGUUUGAUAGAGAUUACUGA